UAUCAAUCCGAUUGUUUUUCGCAGUUGUUAUUGUGUUGAUAUUACAUUGUUCAAUUAGGGACUGUGAUUAAAUCUUCUUCACGCUUAUCUGGGAGUAAAAUCUCAGUUUCAUUUGUUCGAGUGUUUCAGUAUAUUGUGAUGGCGAACCUAAAAGAGCGAUUGCUUCCACCGAGACCUCAAUCAGCUAUAAACAUUAGAGAUGCUUCUUAUCGGCCAUCUGCCUCUGGACACCAACCUUUCCAAGGCAUGGAUUUAUCAGGGUUAAAGAAGCGUGGCCAAGGACUUCGAUCUUGGAUCCGUGUUGAUACAUCUGGGAGUUCACAGAUAAUUGAGGUUGACAAGUUCACUAUGAUGCGUCGAUGUGAUCUACCGGCACGGGACCUACGGCUUCUUGAUCCUCUUUUUGUUUACCCCUCGACAAUCCUUGGUAGAGAAAAGGCUAUUGUUGUAAAUUUAGAGCAGAUACGGUGUAUAAUCACUGCCGAUGAGGUUCUACUCUUGAAUUCCCUUGAUAGCUAUGUUUUGCAGUAUGUUGUGGAGCUACAAAGGCGGUUAACAAGUGGAGUAGGUGAGGUUUGGCAAUCGAAGGGUCCUGAGUUGAGCAGAAGAAGGAGCAGUAGGGGUUUUGACAAUGCAUAUGGGAGCACGUCCCCUGAUUAUUUGCCCUUCGAGUUUAGGGCUCUUGAAGUCGCUUUGGAAGCUGCCUGUACGUUCCUUGACUCACAGGCAGCAGAAUUGGAAAUUGAAGCAUAUCCACUACUGGAUGAGCUUACAUCAAAGAUCAGUACGUUAAACUUGGAGCGUGUCCGCCGAUUGAAGAGCAGACUCGUUGCAUUGACUCGAAGAGUUCAGAAGGUUAGAGAUGAGAUAGAGCAGCUAAUGGAUGAUGAUGGAGAUAUGGCGGAAAUGUAUCUUACCGAGAAGAAGAGCAGGAUGGAAUCAUCAUUCAAUGGUGAUCAAAUGAGAUCAAAUGAUGGCCUUUCUUCUUCUGCUCCAGUUUCGCCUGUUUCUUCAGCCUCCGAAUUUCGCAGGCUGGAGAGAAGCCUCAGCAUAGCAAGGAGCCGCCAUGGGAGCAUGAGGAGUUCAGAGAGCACUAAAGAGAAUAUUGAAGAGCUUGAGAUGUUACUGGAAGCAUACUUCGUUCUCAUUGACAGCACCCUAAAUAAGUUGACUUCGUUGAAAGAAUACAUUGAUGACACAGAGGAUUUCAUCAACAUUCAGCUGGAUAAUGUUCGAAACCAGCUGAUCCAGUUCGAACUGCUGCUGACAACUGCGACCUUUGUUGUUGCUAUAUUUGGGGUUGUAGCAGGAAUAUUUGGCAUGAACUUUCUGAUACCAAUGUUUGAUGAGCCUGGUGCAUUUAAGUGGGUCCUCAUAAUUACUGGGGUUUCUGGGAUCAUCAUAUUUUGUGCAUUUAUUUGGUUCUUCAAGUACAGAAGACUGAUGCCCCUAUGAGAAAAGAAAAAGAAAACUAUGAAGAAGAGAGCAGUAAUUUUGGCAUAAUUGUUUUAUGUACCCUGAGAUGUAUAGGGAAACUUGAGAAAACCAAAACAGAAAGCUCUCAUUUUGGAGUCCAUUCUUUUGUACAAUUGCAUGGUCAUCUUUCACUGCAAAUGUAAGUUGGAGGAAGAAAACGAUGCCAUUGCCGAGCAUGACUGGAUCUGGUAGUAGAACAUGGGACUUAUCACCUCCAGCUAACUGGUUAUUCUCAUUUCCGACAGGCAUCCGAUAUUGUCCUUUUUGGUCACUUAAAGGGGUCUCAUAUUGGUCCUUUAUCAGGGAAUAUGCGAGGUGACGAGUUCUGAUGAUUCAAAAAAAAAAAAA